AUGAUGAUAGAAAUCAUCAUAGCUAGUGUUGACGCAGAAAAAUGGUUCGGCACUUUCCCCGCGCAACUUAGUGAUUAUAUCUCCUUCGAUAGCAAACACACGGUAAGUCCUAGGGCACCGGUGUGGUACCGGCCGAAGGCUCUCCGAUGCUUAAGCCUUGGGAGGUGUGCAAUUUGUUUAGAGUUUCGAUGUGGGACUUUGGACAUCAGUUGUGGGACUGCCACGUGUGAAAGGGGGCGAGGUUGCCCUAAUGUUGCGAUCGGUGGGUUUGGUACCGAAGGUGGGUGCCGAAGGCACCCAUGGCCCUGGUUUAGUCCACGUGUCCGGUAUUCAUUGGCUGUUCAUUUGGUGGCCCUACCGUUCGGUAGUCUAGUCGGGGGAAGGGGCUCAACUUUGGCCCUUCCAGCAUUGUUUGUUCAGAGGCUGACAUUGGCGAAGUCAGAAGGUCGCGUCAACGGACGGGUGAAUGGACAUCUGAGCGUCUCGACUUCCGCGCCCCGCGUGCCGUCAGUCCCCCAUAGGAUGAGCGACACGUGGUGGAAGCAAUGA